AUGGCCGCCUCGGCUCCCGGUACAAUUGCCCAACGAGCGCAAGCUCGCAGUAACUUCCAGGAAUAUUGCAAGAGUGUCUACGGGAUCGAAAAGGAGCCUAAGAUGUACAGUCGUGAGACCCUCAUCGACCACGUCUGCGGCUUCCUGGAGUGCAUGGCGACGGUCUCGGAAGGGGUACUCCAUGACAAGGUCAAGGCAAGUUUCAUCCAAAUCUCCAUGGUGGGUACAUUGUAUAUGUACAAGUAUUCGCUUCGGUUCUGGGUUGAUCGAUACACGCUCGACUUCGAAUCGAUUCAGACGGAAUACGAUUGCCGAGUAUUAAGGCAUAUCCACAUGGUAGCCGUGGAGCAAGACUUGCCAACAGGAAGUAGGGAGAAGAACGAGCUAGGCGGGUCCGAGCUCGGAUUGAUGUACAUGGAGGCCAUGGCUCUUCAGGAGGGGGUCCUCCAGACAAAGCAACAUUACCUCGCGUGGGUCCUUGCCUAUAUUACCGGGGCCCGACCCGGCAACUUCACAGUUGGAACCGGCUAUCAUAAAGGCGCCCCGCUAGGUGGUGCCAUGAGCCACACCAUGCCCACGCGCGCCGUUUCCCAAACAUUACGCUGGGCUGACAUCAAGUUUGAAAAGUUCGAACAGGAAUACUGCUGUAUUCUGACGUUCUGCUUUUUUAAAGGAAGCCACGACAAGUACAAAGAGGAUAACUUGGACGGGUCAAGGGAGUUCUUUUUCGCGCUGAAGCAAGAACGCCUACAUCUCGACCUUAGUGCGCUCUUAUUUGGUGAAGCUUAUACCCGAGGCUUGUUUGUCGACCCGUUGGACGUUCUCCUCAGCGACACGUCCCCUCGUUUCCCCACGAUCAGAUUGGAAGUGGCAACACAGGCUGUGUUCCUUGCGGCGAACACAGAAUAUGAGCUUAUUCCCACUCAAGAGAUGAAAGACAAUGCACUCAACCGAAAGCUCCAAGACUUCUGUCUGUCGGUCGGUAUUCUCUGUUAUGUUUCUAUGUAUUCAUUCAGAAGGCAAGCAGCUCAGGAAGCAAAGAGGGACCACUCUACCGAGGACGCCAUGGCGCUGCUCGACCACGCCCCAAACAACCCAAAUACCCUGCGCUACUACAACCAGCAUGGAUUUGGUCGACGAGAUGUAACUUCGUUCAGACUGGGGGGUGCAGCACUCACGGACUCAUCGAUUCGAAAGUUUUUCUCCCCGUCUAACAGACUGAUCAUCACCUCAGACCCGAAAUACAAGAAACUCGAGGCCGGACUUCACGACAUCCUAAUCAAAGCCCACACCAAGCUCCAAGAGUUCAACCUCCUCUCGCCCGACGAAGAAUACUGCAUCACGGACCGUAACAUCGGAAAGUACAAGGCACUGAUGAUGGGUAUCGAGGAGCCGGCAUUCAUGGAGAUAAGGCAAGAGUUGGACGAGCACUUAGCGCCGUGGAAAUUUGCCCGCAUGGCUGUCACACAACGCACCAAUGAAGCCUGCCGCAAGAGCAUCGAGGGCAAGUCGGCGGAGAGAAAGGAUGGGGCAUCGUCAUCGAGCUCGUCGUCGGCUGGCAAUGCACGGAUCAAUCUGUACGAGCACCUCAUUUAA